AUGCAUUGUGAGAGGUUUCUAUCUAUCCUGAGAAUAUUUGGAACCACACUUUUUGGAGUCUCUCUCCUCACUGGAAUGAUCCUUUCUUAUGUUAUUGGCUACCAGUUUAUCCACACAAAUGAUUACUAUUUAUCUUUUGGAACAUAUGGUGCCUUUUUAGCUUUACAUGUUCUUAUUCAAAACCUGUUUGCCUUUUUGGAGCACCGGAAAAUGAAAAAAUAUGUAAGUGUCCCCAUUAACUUGGACAGAACUGUUGCUCUUUGCAUUGCUGCAUAUCAAGAAGAUCCAGACUAUUUGCGGAAAUGUUUGCAAUCUGUGAAAAGGCUAACCUACCCCGGAAUUAAAGUUGUCAUGGUCAUAGAUGGAAACUCGGAAGAUGACCUUUACAUGAUGGACAUCUUCAGUGAAGUCAUGGGCAGGGACAAGUCAGCCACUUAUAUCUGGAAGAACAACUACCACGUGAAGGGUCCUGGAGAGACGGAUGAGUCACACAAAGAAAGCUCACAGCAUGUCACCCAGUUGGUCUUGUCCAACAAGAGUAUUUGCAUCAUGCAAAAAUGGGGUGGAAAAAGAGAAGUCAUGUACACGGCCUUCAGAGCACUGGGGCGAAGUGUGGAUUAUGUACAGGUCUGUGAUUCAGACACCAUGCUUGACCCUGCCGCAACUGUGGAGAUGAUAAAAGUUUUAGAAGUAGACCACAAGGUUGGAGGUGUUGGGGGAGAUGUCAAGAUUUUAAACAAGUAUGAUUCCUGGAUCUCCUUCCUCAGCAGUGUGAGAUACUGGAUGGCUUUUAACAUAGAAAAGUUAGCCUGUCAGUCUUAUUUCGGAUGUGUCCAGUGCAUUAGUGGACCUCUGGGAAUGUACAGAAACUCCUUACUGCAUGAAUUUGUGGAAGACUGGUACAAUCAAGAAUUUAUGGGCAGCCAAUGUAGUUUUGGAGAUGACAGGCAUCUAACGAACCGAGUGCUGAGUCUGGGCUAUGCAACGAAAUACACAGCUCGAUCCAAGUGCCUUACUGAAACACCUAAGGAAUAUCUCAGAUAGUUAAACCAGCAGACCCGCUGGAGCAAGUCCUACUUCCGAGAGUGGCUGUACAACGCACUGUGGUUUCAUAAACAUCACUUGUGGAUGACCUAUGAAGCCGUCAUCACUGGGUUCUUCCCUUUCUUUCUCAUUGCCACAGUGAUCCGGUUCUUCUAUAGGGGUAAUGUUUGGAACAUCCUCCUCUUAUUGUUAACCAUCAAGUUAGUGGCUCUCAUAAAGUCAUCCUUUGCUGUCUGCCUUAGAGGAAACAUUGUCAUGGUCUUCAUGUCCUUCUACUCAGUGUUAUACAUGUCAAGUUUACUUCCUGCUAAGAUAUUUGCAAUUGUGACAAUAAACAAAGCUGGGUGGGGCACAUCUGGAAGGAAAAAAAUUGUUGCUAAUUUUGUGGGACUCAUUCCAGUAUCGGUCUGGUCUAUAAUUCUCCUGGGUGGUUUGAUUUUCACCAUUUAUAAGGAAGUUAGAAAGCCAUUCUCAGAAUCCAAAAAGAAAGUUCUAGUUAUUGCUUUGUCCAUCUAUGCAUGCUAUUGGGUUGUGUUUCUGAUGCUCUAUGUGGUUUUUGUUAAGAGAUGCGGCAGGUGGAAGAAGAAAGAGAAGUACGACAUGAUGCUUGAUGUAUAA